AUGGUUUUCUACAAGUCUCGGGCUUCCACCCGAACCAUAUUCAUGGAGAACGGCGUUCCCAUUUUUGAGGACCAUAGCUCUGUCAAAGACCUGCAAUGGAUGUCAGUCAGAAUUCGCAACAAUGACCAGCAUAACACAGAUAAGGAAUUGAUGGAUCUUAUUAUUGAACGCAUACAAUCGGGAACUUUCACAAUCACGCCACAUGCCAUGCACCAUCAAACUCGAUUCCAUGUAUCUUUUCCCAUUGUGGAAAAAAGCGGCUCCUUGACUGCCUAUGUUAUCAGUCUCGUCAAAGUUUGGAGACAGGAUAUCGUGGCGAAGCUUGUUUCCGUUGAUCGAGAUUACCUCUUUGAGCCUCGCCAUUGA